AUGGCUCGUUGGAUCUUCGGUGGUAUCCACUACACUAACCUGUUGUUCCUUGGCAAAGACAUUGGUCAGAUCGUGGAACAUCUGGAGGACGACUGGCGAUUAGUGACGAAAGACAGAGAGCAACGAGUAAUGUUGAAGCACGCAAGGUUCGGACGACUCGUGUCGAUUGUAUUCGCGAUCUUUGUUCACAGUGGUGUCAUGUCGUACUGCAUAGUAAGCGCGAGCCACACGCGUGCCGUCCGAUUCGGUAACGAGACGAGAAUCAUCCGCUCGUUACCUCUCGCCGUUUACACCAAGAUGAUUCCAGUCGACACGAGCCCGACGAACGAGAUAGUUCUCGUGAUGCAGUUCUUCUCGGCAUUCAUCUCCGACUCUGGCGGCAUUGGAUUCUACACCCUCGCGACUGUUCUAGCCGCCCACACGUGCGGUCAGUUGAACGUGCUGGCGAUCUGGAUCAACGACUACGUGAACGAGUCUGGAAACAAACAGGAGGGCAGCCCCUUUAAAAAAAUCGAAAAGAUCGUGCAACAUCACCUGAGAAUACUGAAUUUUGUAGCACGUAUAGAAGACAUCAUGACCUGGGUAUGCAUGACGGAGUUGUUUCGAUGCAUAUUUGCUAUAUCUAUGCUCGGAUAUUACACUGUUAUGGAAUGGGACAAUCACGAUGCUCGAAGCCUCAUUACCUACUUCAUAAUAUUUUCAUCGGUGACUUUCAACACAUUUGUAUUAUGUUAUAUUGGUGAACUUCUAACAGAACAGUGUAUGAAAGUCGGUGAGAUAGUUUAUAUGACAAACUGGUACUACUUGCCCGUGAAAAAAAUCCUCGAACUGAUUUUGAUCAUCGCACGAUCGAGUAUGGUCAUUGAACUGACUGCGGGGAAGAUAAUUCAGAUGUCUAUUCACACGUUUGGUGAUGUGAUGAGAUUGGCCUUCGCGUAUCUGAAUGUGUUGUUGCAAAUGACGUGAUUAACAAACUAUUAACAACAUUCCUA